UCUCGCAUUUGUUUUCCCAAAUGGAUCUCUGAAAGCAGCGAGAUCCAAAAUCCAAAAUCGCCCCAAUGGCGGCGGCGGAGCCAAGUUCCACAAAUCAAAGAUGGUCUCUCAACGGCUUCACCGCCCUCGUCACCGGCGGCACCAGAGGCAUCGGAUACGCCAUAGUUGAAGAGCUCGCUUCUCUGGGGGCAGCCGUACACACGUGUUCCCGAAACCAAACAGAGCUCGACCAGAGACUCAAAGAAUGGCACCAAAAGGGCUUCAAAAUCAGCGGCUCGGUCUGCGAUCUCACUUCAACGUCCCAGCGAGAGCAGCUAAUUGAAGCCGUCUCCUCCAUCUUCAACGGAAACCUCAACAUUCUCGUGAAUAACGCGGGGACAGUGACAAUGAAAGCAGCAACGGAGCACACGAGAGAAGAUUAUGGGAGUGUGAUGAGCACCAAUUUUGAGGGGCCUUAUAAUCUCUGCCAAAUUGCACACCCAAUCUUGAAGGCAUCUGGGCGUGCGAGUAUUGUGUUUGUUUCCUCCGUUGCGGGACUCACCGCUUUGCCCAGAUUAUCAAUCUAUGCAGCAUCUAAAGGGGCAAUUAACCAACUUACGAAGAACUUGGCGUGCGAAUGGGCCAAGGAUAAUAUUCGCGUCAAUACUGUGGCUCCCUGGGCCGUCAGGACCACAAUUUAUAAACCGGAUGCGGCGGUUUCGGAGGAUUUUGGUCGGCUGAUCGGGCGGACGCCGGCGGGUCGAAUUGGAGAGGCGAAUGAGAUAUCUUCAGUGGUGGCGUUUCUGUGCCUUCCGGCAGCUUCCUACGUCACUGGCCAGAUCAUUUGUGUUGAUGGUGGCUACACAGCCGGUGGCUGCUAGCAAAAUAUCAUUUCCGUGGUGUAACAUUGUUUUAUUUUUUUUUUUACUAUUAAUCAUGAAGUCAUUUUUAUUUUAUUUUAGUUCUUAAACUUUAUUCUUAGAGAAUUAUGAAUGGUUAAAUUUUAGUGGAUCAUUUCAAUAUCAAUUAUCUUGCCAUUUUACGUCAAA